GCUACCAUCUUCCCAACUCCGUCCUCCACACCUCUCCAUCUCUCACUCGGCGAGAGGGGCAAAGCAAGCCGCAAAGAUCUCCCCUCCUUUUCCCAGUCACUGUGCCGCCCGUGCCCUCCCGUAGUCCCGUCCCUCCAAUAAUCCAUCCACCCCCACCCCGCUGCGGCGGCGUCUGUUCCUCCGGUGGCGGCGAUGUGCGGCGGCGCCAUCCUCUCCGGCUUCAUCCGCCCGUCCGGGGCGGCGGCCGCGGCGGCCAAGAAGCAGCAGCAGCAGCAGCCGCGCCGGGUCACGGCCGACUUGCUGUGGCCGGGGCUCGGCAGCAGGAAGGGAGCGCUUGGGGAGCAGGACUUCGAGGCCGACUUCCGCGAGUUCGUCCGCGGCCUCGGCGAGGACGGCGGCGACGCGGACGCCGCCGGCGACGACGACGAUGAGGUCCAGGAGGUCCCCCCGCCGGAGCCGGCGAUGUUCACCUUCGCCGCCGCGGCCAAGGCGGCGCCCACCGCAGCUGAUGAUGUGAUGACUCCAAAGCCUGUUCAACAUGAUGAACCUACUGCUACCUCAGCAAAGCGCAACCGGAAGAAUCAGUACAGGGGGAUCCGCCAGCGUCCAUGGGGCAAAUGGGCAGCUGAAAUCCGUGACCCUAGCAAGGGUGUCCGUGUUUGGCUUGGAACUUACAACACGGCUGAGGAGGCAGCUAGGGCAUAUGAUGCUGAAGCUCGCAAGAUCCGUGGCAAGAAAGCGAAGGUCAAUUUUCCUGAUGAAGAGCAAGAUGCUCAGAAGUCAAUCCUAAAGCCAACUACUGCCAAUCCAACAAAGCUUGCUCCACCUACAGAGACCUGUGCUGAUGAGGCUUUCAAUAAUCUGAACAAUGGAGACAAUGAUUUGUUUGCAAUGUUUGCCUUCAGUGACAGUAAGGCUCCUGUGAAGCCAGCUGAGAUUGCCAGUUUCCUCCCUGCAGUUAGACCUCAUGUGCCCACUAAGAGAUCUGCAUCAAACAUGCUCUCUGACCAGAGCAGUAACUCAUAUGGCUCUUCUGACUUUGGGUGGGACGAUGAGACCAUGACCUCAGAUUACACUUCAGUCUUUGCUCCCAAUAAUGCUGUGCCAGCAUAUGCCGAUCCUGCGUGCCUGCAAGGUGAAGUGUCAAAGAGAAUGAGGAACACCUAUGGUUUAGCUGUGCCUCAGGGAAAUGGCGCACCCAAUCUCGCACAAGACAUGUCCGGUUUUAAUCCUGAGAUGAACUAUUUGCCAUUGUCUUAUGUUGAGAGCAGCCCGGACACAUCAAUGGACAGCCUUCUGCAAAAUGAUGCUCCACAGGACGGGGCUAGCACUGGGGAUCUCUGGAGCCUCGAUGAGAUGCUCAUGGCAGCUGGUGCUUUUUGAGAGGCCCAUGGUUAUUGCCAAAAUGUUCCUUGCCUGUGGUGAUGCUGAAGAGGCAGUUAUCUCCGCUACGUUUCGUCGCGGAUCGUACCGUAGUUAUAUAUGCUGGAUUAAGAAAAUAUGCUUCUGCCGGUGGUACUCUUAUGACAAUGUUUAUAGUAUGCUGCUGUAUGGUGCGUCUAUGAUUGGAAGCAAGCUUGAGACCGAUUCAAUAACUACCAUGCCCCCAUAUGUCUGCUGUGCUGUAAUGUGCGUGCUGCUUGGUAUAUAUAUGGUGUGCUUUAUAUUGCAA